UAAAAAAAGUGCAAAAUAACAAGGAAAAUAAAGUAAAACAGUGCCAGUUAACAACAAUAACAGUAACAAACACAACAACAAACGGCGAUCAACAAAAUCCACCGGCAAAGUCAACAACAUUUAUUUUUAUUGAAAAUCGCAGUCAACAAGCAGCAACCAUUUAGCUAGCGAUUUUCCAUUGCAAACUUUUGGCGGAUAACAAUUGAUUGCGAAUCUUUCGAAAUUCGCUUCGAUUAUUUUUGGGCUGGCGAGGAGUGCUUGAAGAACCGCAAAGCUGCAACUGCACAACGACCUACUCUACCCCAUGAUGGACGGCUUCGCGCAGGACUGGCCCACGCUGACCCACACAGACAAUGGGCUGCCCAUGGACCAGUUGGGUGGUGACCUGCCUCCGUUGGAUGUAGGCUUCGAGCCACAGACCAGAGCCAGAUCCAACACAUGGCCAUGUCCGCGCCCCGAGAACUUCGUGGAGCCCGCCGACGAGUUGGACAGUACAAAGGCCAGCAAUCAGCAGUUGGCCCCAGGAGACUCACAGCAGGCUAUACAAAAUGCGAAUGCAGCCAAGAAGAACUCAUCGCGUCGCAAUGCAUGGGGAAAUCUAUCCUAUGCGGAUCUCAUCACGCAUGCCAUUGGAUCGGCCACCGACAAACGACUGACUCUGAGCCAGAUUUACGAGUGGAUGGUCCAGAAUGUGCCAUACUUCAAGGACAAGGGCGAUUCGAAUAGUAGUGCUGGAUGGAAGAACUCCAUACGUCACAAUCUGUCGCUGCACAACCGCUUUAUGAGGGUUCAAAACGAGGGCACCGGCAAGUCCUCCUGGUGGAUGUUGAACCCGGAGGCCAAGCCUGGCAAAUCCGUGCGUCGUCGUGCCGCUUCCAUGGAGACAUCGCGUUACGAGAAGCGACGUGGCAGGGCCAAGAAGCGUGUGGAGGCACUGCGUCAAGCGGGCGUUGUUGGUCUAAACGAUGCCACGCCCUCGCCUAGCAGCAGCGUCAGCGAGGGGCUAGACCAUUUCCCGGAGAGUCCGCUGCACAGUGGCGGUGGCUUCCAAUUGUCGCCCGACUUCCGGCAGCGCGCCUCAUCCAAUGCCAGUUCCUGCGGGCGCCUGAGUCCCAUUAGGGCGCAGGACUUAGAGCCCGAUUGGGGCUUCCCUGUUGACUACCAGAAUACGACGAUGACGCAGGCCCAUGCCCAGGCCCUCGAGGAGUUGACGGGUUCAAUAGCGGAUGAGCUGACGCUGUGCACCCAGCAGCAGCAAGGAUUCAGUGCCGCUUCGGGUAUACCCACGCAGCCCCCGCCCCCGCCUUAUCAGCCACCGCAGCAUCAGCAGGCGCAGCAGCAACAGUCCUAUGCCCUCAACGGCCCCGCCACUGGCUACAACACACUGCAGCCGCAGUCGCAGUGCCUGCUGCACCGAUCCCUCAACUGCAGUUGCCUGCACAAUGCAAGAGACGGUCUCUCGCCGAACUCAGUAACCACAACAAUGUCGCCCGCCUAUCCAAACAGCGAGCCCUCUUCGGACUCACUGAACACGUACAGCAACGUGGUGCUCGAUGGUCCCGCGGACACUGCCUCUUUGUUGGUGCAACAACAGCAACAGCAACAGCAGCAACAAUUGUCCGGCAACUUGGAAGAUAAUAACUGCGCCUCUACUUUGAUAGGACAAUGCCUGGAGGUGCUGAACAACGAGGCCCAGCCGAUUGACGAAUUUAAUCUGGAGAACUUUCCAGUGGGGAAUCUGGAGUGCAAUGUCGAGGAGUUGCUUCAGCAGGAGAUGAGCUAUGGCGGUCUGCUGGACAUCAAUAUCCCCUUGGCCACGGUGAACACGAACUUGGUCAACAGCAGCAGUGCGCCCCUGAACAUCAGCAGCAUCAGCAACAUCAGCAACAUCAGCAACAUCAGCAACCUCAGCAACCUUAGUAACCUUAGCAGCAAUUCCGGCAGUAGUCUCAGUCUAAAUCAGCUGCAGGCUCAGCUGCAACAGCAACAGCAGCAGCAGCAACAACAGCAGCAACUGCAACAGCAGCAGCAACAGCAACAUCAGCAACACCAGCAACAAUUGCUGCUCAAUAAUAACAACAACAGCAACAGCAGCUUGGAAUUGGCAACACAAACGGCUAGCACAAAUCUGAAUGCCCGAGUGCAAUACUCGCAACCCAGUGUGGUGACCUCGCCACCAUCUUGGGUCCACUAGAUAAUGGUCGAUGAUCCUAGGACGAUCUUUAGUUGUUAAUCGUCGUCGUCAUCGUCAUUAUAUGUGUAUGUGUUGUUUGUGUCGCCAAUGGAACGCUUUAAACGCUAAUUCUAAGAACAAUAGUGUAAAGAGUUGUAAGCUGCAGGAGAUGAAGGGGAGAAACUGGAUACGGAAAUGGAAACGGAAACGGAUGAGGAUAAGAGGAAUCGGUGUCUUUAUCGGUUAUGCAGCAGCUGCAGGAUCAGUGAGCAGUAAGGAGGAGCCGCAGCUGGACAGCCACUAAAAAGUUUACAAAGAUAAAUCUGGUCGCUUCUAAUCUAACAUACAUACAAUACAUAUACAUAGAUAUAUAAUUACAAAUAUAUAGUUAUGCAUUACACACGUAGAAACGAAGCAUACAAAUAAUACCAAUUAAUCACCAAUAAUUAGAUGCUACAAUUAGUGAAAUUCUCUGUGGCAGUGCAAAAACAAUUUUGUCCACUUAAUGAAGGGAAAAUUUGAAUUGAAUUGAAAAGAAAACACGGUUUAGUUAUUAGGUUCAACUUUGUACAUAUUAAUUUUAAUAACCUUGACGUAAUGAAACCCACAAAUAAUAAUAAUAAUAUUAAUGACUACUACUGAUAAUAAAGAACAACAAACAACAAGCGUAAAACGUAAACUAAAUGUUCGAUAACUAAGUGGAAAAAUAUUUGUUAACCCAGCUAUCGAGAAAAACCAAUGGAAAAACAACAGAAAAUGUCAACAUAAACGGAAAAAAACAAAAGGAAAUUAGCACAAUUAUGUAAUAAUUUAUGCUUAAUGAAUGUAUUUAAUUGAAAAUCUAAUUGUAACUGUAUAUUUUUUCUAUAAAGAGCAAAGAAAACCCUUAAAGAAGAAUGAAACUUGUGUAAAAAUUAUGCUUAAGAUUCGCAAUGAUAUACGUAAUAAAUUCUCCGAUUAGUUAGCUCACAUCAGAUCAGCUCGGCUUAUACAAAAAAAAAAAAGAAAGAAAAAGAAAUGAAAUGAAAACCUUUGUUAUAUAAAUAUAUGCCAACCCACAUAUGUAGAUCUUACAAUUGAAUGUAAUACAUUAAACUUCAAAUAUUAGUAAAUGUAAAUGUUGAUAGGCAAACUAGAAAUACAAAAUUAUAACAGAAUAUCCACACAAAAAACAAAACUCAAAACCCAAGCAGAACUAGAAGCUUAAAAUAAUAAGCAAAUACAUGCGCAUCAUUGUGUACUAUUAUGGGCUAAAUGUUAAUUAUUAACUAGAUUGUACAAUUCAAAUGUAGUUCAUACUAUUUAAAAAGCAAAAACGGAGUGAAGAUGAAUAAACUGAUGAUUCAAUAUAAGAAACAA